ACCCAAGCAACUAAUAAACAGCCCGGAAGAGGAAAAAUAAUGACCACCUCAUCCAACACAAAAACGUACACCUACACCCGCUACCCACCCAGCAUCUCGCCCUCAAUCCCACGCCUGGACACAGAAGAAGACGUCAAAAAGGCCGUGCUCGCUAACCCCGAGACCACCUUCGACGAUACGGUCGACACCACCGGCGGCUGGUACCAGAAAGACAUGGAGGGGAGGGUGGUGGCCAUUGUGUCGGAUCAGAUGUGUGAGGAGCUGGAUGCGAGGCGGGAUCAUGCUGAGGCGUGGGUGAAGGAGAAUGAGAGAAGGGAGGCGGCGGGGGAGCCGCCCCUGGAACCUGCUUGUUGGAGGAGGUAG